AUGGCCUUUGUUAAAAAUUUAAUCAAACGUCUUUUUCCAGAUAAAAUUAUAACCCAACGUAUGUCUGACUUAAAUAAUCAAUUAUUGGAGCAAAACGGUGAAAAAAACGAUAUUCAUUUAAGUAUUGAAAAAGAAAAUAAAUCUCGACAAUUUUGUUGUCUUACCAUUGAAGAAUUAAUAACAUUAUUUGAAUAUUGUCCUGUAAUACAUCGAACUUUAUAUGAAUCUAUUUCUCCAAAUAAGACAGUCAAAACACAUGUUGAUUUCGAAUACUUGGUCGAUAAAAAUCUUGAUAUACAAAAUCAUUACAUUGCUCCUAUAUCUUGUCUUAAAAUUCUCUAUUACUUUUUAAAUGGUCCAGAUAAUACUAUUACUUCAGUUGAAACUUAUACUGAAAACAUUUUAAAGCAAUUUCUUGUUUUAGAAGCUUCAACAGAUGAAAAAAUAUCAUAUCAUUUUAUACAUGCAAAGCCAUCAAUUUUAUUUGAAAAUACAUCAAUUCACGGGAUUUUUAUCAAGGCUAUUGUUCAUUUUUUACUAUUAUCAAUUACUCAACAUAAAUGUUCAAUGUUUAAUAUCAAUUUAUCAAAAGAGGAAUGCAGUAGUACGUCAAACUUGAUGCAUCAUUUAGCACCAUCUCCAAAUACAUUACGAAAAAAUUGUACUAGAUAUCCUUCGUCUUUUUGUAAUCCAUCCACAAUCAUUAAUACAGAUCGAAAUUCGGCAAAUUCAAUGGAUGUUAAUGCAAUUAAUAAGCUAAAUUUAUCUGCCACAGAUAUACAAAUAUUUCUUAAUUUUGUAGAAAACGUAAUUACAUCUGAACCAUCUCAUCGAGGUUAUGUGCAUUCAUGUGUAACUACAGAUAUUGUCCAAAAAAAAGGUCAUCAUCGACGUAAUACUGUAGCUAUCAUGAUAAAUACUAAAAACUAUACAUACUGUAUUCGUUGUAAAGAUAUUGAAUGUAAUAAUGCUAUCUUAUCGUGGAAAAAAAUUAAUUGA